AUGGAUCUCGCCGAGUGUUAUGAGCGAGAUCGUCGCAGACAACCUCUUCCCUACACUCCCGCCCUGCCCAUCGACCGCGCCAACAUGGCAACUACCCGUCAUCAUCGCGACAGAGCUCCAGGCUCUUUGAUCGGGGAGCGUACUCCGCUGCUUCCACCUCCCGGUGGGUGGCUUGAGGACGCGAACAGCACUGGUUUGCGAGAGUACAUGCGCGCCACGGCCCUUGCAAAUGCUCGCCGGCCGUCUAACAACCAAUUCCUGCCCAAAUACCCCAUCCGCAUGAUCGCCCAAGCAAUCCCCAUUCCCGUGUGGGGUAUCACCUUUCUCGCGAUCCUCAUAAACAUCAUUGUCUGGGCGGUCGUCGUAUCCAUUGUCUACUUUCACCCAAAGCUUUAUCCUUCGAUCGCUUUGUCCUGGGUUCUCGGCCUUCGUCAUGCCCUAGACGCCCCCAAUGUGUCGGUCAUCCACCUGGUCACUCGACGCCUGAUCGCCAAUGGCCAGCGUCCCUGCACUAUUGGAUUCUGGUUCUCGCUCGGCUACUCUACCAUUGUCAUCAUCACUUGUGUUAUGGUGGCGGCUACGGGCGGUGCUUUCGUCAAGCAUUUCGGCAACAUCUCCCAGAUUGGCAGCGUCAUUGGUACAAGCAUCUCAACCGUUUACCUGGCCGCUCUCUGUGGAACAAACAUUUGGGUCCUCUAUCAAGUCUGCUACAAACUAAAGGCCGAGGUGGACGGUCGCGUCAGGCGUCCUCCCUUUGACAUUUGUAUCCCUCGAGAUAUCGUUGAGGCAACCGGAGAUGGUGCAAUCCUAGAGGAACUGGUAGACGAAGAGGCAUAUCCCACGGUAUUUGAAGACGAAGAGAACGAGCCCGCAGCCCAGUUGCUCAUCGCUAGUCAACGACUCAACUAUUUCGAGCGUCUCGACAAGCGCUGGAAGUUGAAGAAGAGGCUUUUCAAGGUAUCGGGCAAACUCUACAAUAUGAUCGACAAACCCUGGAAGAUGUUCCCAACCGGUAUGCUCUUUGGCCUCAGCUUCGGUGCUAGUGCCAAAAUUGCUCUCUUGGGCUUGACCAGCAUUCAGGUUGCCCAAGCCAACAUCUGGUUGAUUAUGAUCUACCCGGCCCUUUUCACUGUCGGCAUGUGCCUUGUUAAUUCCGUCGACAGCGCUGUCUUCAUGACCCUCAACACGAGCCGGGCCUUCGAGCGAAACGUCACGUCCAUCCUCAACUACUCUAUUGUUAUGACUUCGGUGACACUGUUUGCAUCCUCGUUUGUCUGCGCCAUUGAGUUUCUUGCUCUUGCGCGGGCCAUCUUCAAGCCCCAGCCAGGAAACGUCUUCUGGGAUGGAGUCACCGCUAUUGAAGACAACUUUGCCGUCGUUGGCGGUGGAAUCUGUGCCCUGAUCAUCCUCAUGGGCACCCUGACCAUUUUCUUCUAUCGGUCGUGGGGAGUGUAUCAGACAAACAAGGCUAGACUUCACGCAAGGUGGGCCGAUUGGACAGCCCGCCGUCAAUUUCCUGUGAACCCGCCUCCUGGCACCAAUCAGAACCCUCCCUUGUCUGUCAACCCUCCAUCGCCCCCGCCCCCGCCUUUGCCUACUCUCCCCGAGUAUCUGCCUCUACCUGAUGCGGAGCAUGUGGAGGAUCAGACUCAUUGGAUCUUGAAGCCUUUGAAGUUUCGACUAACGAUGUGGCAACAUCGUUACCAGAGAUCCCGAAUCCCACCAUCCCCUCUCGACGCCGCCUCGAACGAGGAGCUGUAUAACCGCUCGAACACACAACGGAUGAACAACUUGACAGCCGAGGACUUUGUUGAGGACGAGCGGUUAAGGGCGUGGGCAAAGUACAAGGGCUGGCGCAUCAUCAAAGAGUACGAGAGAAGGAGCCGGGAGUACGAUGAGUACAGACUGGCUCACAAUAUCAACUAA